CCUUUACUCAUCAAUGCUCGCACGUCUCCCAAGUAUUUAGCACAAAUUGAAAUUGGAUUCCUUUUUUUUCACUGUCGACAAAGAAAAAAAGCAUGUGGUGUGUUGUGAUGUCAAUUCAAUCAUACAACUAGCUUUGGAUUUAGGAGAAGUGAACAUUCGCUAUCGAUCAUGUCACUGUAAAAACGUUUACGGAAUAUGGCCGUGUCCCUGUUUUCUUUAUAAUAUCAAUCAGUUCAUCCAUCUCCGUUUAUGGAUUUAGGGAACAACUCAAUUCAUGGAUUUUAAUUUUCUCUGGGAACUCAAUCGAGACAAGGUCCAUAGUGAGGGACCUUUUUUGAGUUUUGAAUUUUGUCUUGAUCGUGUGUAGAGUGUAGUUCAUAUUUCAGCUGUUGAAAGACCCAAGAAAGGAAAAGAAAACGAAUUGUUUGUUUUUUGGGAUUUUUGAACUGGUCAUAAACGGUUGCCUGCGCAGCACUAAUUGACUUUCGAGGCAUUACUCACUGGUGGCUUCAGAAAGGAAUUGCACCACAGAUCUAGGCUUUUUGUUAGAGAGAACCCAGCAAGACAACAAGCAUAUUAGAGCACCUGAUUGCAUUGCAAAACGAGGGAGUGCAUUGAAAUCCAGUGAGGUACUAUGGUAGGUUGAUGCUAUAUGUGAUGAAGAAUACUGCUAGUUUGAAGGUGAAAUGGAGAGUGGUGCAGGCAUCACAAAUGAGAGGCUUGCCGUGGUACUCAAAGAUCCAUCAUGCUUUGGCCAAUUCCGGAAUGGUUCCAAUCCCUGGAUGGCCAGAUAUGUUUAUGGCUUGGUCUUUCUGUUUUCCAAUCUGCUAGCUUGGGCUGCAAGGGACUAUGGCCGUGGUGCCUCAGUGACAUUGGAAAAACUGAAAGUGUGUGCGGGAAAAUCUGACUGUUCGGGUGCUGAAGGAGUUCUGCGUGUGAGCUUGGGAUGCUUUAUAUUUUACAUAAUAAUGUUUCUUUCUACUGUUGGUACCUCAAAGUUGCAUGGCCGCAGAGAUGCAUGGCAUUCUGGAUGGUGGACCGCUAAGAUUGUCUUGUGGAUUUCCUUGACAAUUAUCACAUUUUUGGUGCCCUCUGCUUUUUUCCAAAUUUAUGGAGAGAUUGCACAUUUUGGUGCUGGGGUCUUUCUCCUAAUUCAGCUAAUAAGUGUAAUCAGUUUUAUUCGAUGGCUGAAUGAUUGUUGCCAAUCUGAAAAGAAUGCAGUAAGAUGCCACAUCAAUGUGAUGCUAGUUGCAACUACUUCAUAUGUAGUAUGCAUACUUGGGGUCAUUCUAAUGUACAUUUGGUAUACACCAGAGCCGUCUUGUUUACUUAACAUUUUCUUCAUCACUUGGACUCUGGUACUGCUCCAGCUCAUGACCAGCGUUUCUCUCCAUCCCAAAGUGAAUGCUGGCUUUUUGACUCCAGGGCUCAUGGGGCUUUACGUUGUAUUCCUCUGCUGGUGUGCCAUCAGGAGUGAACCAGCAGGAGAAAGUUGCAACAGGAAGGCAGAAGCUUCAAGAAGAACAGACUGGCUAACCAUUAUAAGCUUUAUUGUUGCACUGCUUGCUAUUGUUAUAGCCACAUUUUCUACAGGCAUUGAUUCUCAAUGCUUUCAGUUCAGGAAGGGGGACACGCAGGAUGAGGAUGAUGUUCCAUAUGGUUAUGGCUUUUUCCACUUUGUUUUUGCCACAGGAGCAAUGUACUUCGCGAUGCUAUUGAUUGGCUGGAAUACUCAUCACAUCAUUCAGAAGUGGACCAUUGACGUGGGUUGGACCAGUGCUUGGGUGAGAAUAGUGAACGAAUGGCUCGCAGUUUGUGUUUACUUAUGGAUGCUGGUGGCUCCAAUACUAAUGAAGAUCAGACGAACAGCAGAACCUGUUUAAGACACACCAAGGCUCUCCAAAUCAUUUUUCAAUUGCUCCUUUCAUCUGUUAUCCAUAUGGUAAUCAAACGAUUGGAGAUAGAAGACAUUGUGGUAUACUGAUCAAGAUACCAUGCUAUAGCAACGCAUAGCACAUCUACUGACGGACCUGAUUUAUUCCUUUUCUUCUUCUUCUUUUUAUUGUUGUAAUCUGACAUUGCAGAAAAGGGAGAGGGAGAUUCAUAUAAUUCUGUUUAACUCUUGGGAAAAUGAUAUUUGUGAUUUGUGAAUAUGCUACUGAAGAGCGUAUCUUACAAGAACAGGAGUGUAGUUUCCUUCUUGUGC